CUGGUGCUGGGGACAUUCAGAGAGCCGGGACAGAGCUGGGACCAUGACUAUGACCACUUCCUACUUCCUCUGCUGGACGACAAGGAGCCCUGCUACAUACUAUACCACCUCAACUCCCAGAACGCACAGGGAUACGAAUGGAUAUUCAUCUCCUGGUCUCCUGACCAAUCUCCAUUACGUGUAACCGUGCAACCAAGGUGAGACAGAAGAUGCUGAAUGCUGCCACCCGUGACACAGUGAAGAAGGAGUUUGGUGGUGGUCAUGUGAAGGAUGAGAUGUUUGGCACAGAGGAGGAGGACAUCUGUCUGGAGGGGUAUCAGCGACAUAUGUCCACCAGCUCCGGCCCUGCCCCACUCACAGCUGCUGAACAGGAGUUGCAGAGAAUUAAAAUCAACGAGGUGAAAACAAAGACCAGUGUAGAGAGUAAGAGCCAAACACUGCAGGGCCUUGCUUUCCCACUGCAGGAGGAUGCCAAACGGGUUCUACAACAACUUGCACAGAAACACAUCAACUACAUUCAGCUGGUGAGCCAUAUAGAAAUGCCAUUAGCCAACCAAAUACAAACGAUUGAUAUCUCUGGCGGCCACAAUCUCAGCGAUAAUAGCCAUGUAUUCUGACCCAAGGCACACUGCCUGAGCCAUACACAGUCAUCUCAGUGGUAGCUGUGUAAUAUGUGUGUGUUGCAGAAGUUGGACACAGAGAAAGAAAGAGAAACAGAGAAAGAAAUGAUAGAGCUGGUUCAUUCCGACCCGACAGAGGCCCAGUUUCUGUGUUGUUGUGGGUUUGUAUGUGUAUGUGUAUGUGUGUAUUUCAGGAAAUGGAAUCCUGGAUUCCUCAAGCAGCUGAUUGGUCGGCCCCAUCGCUGAUUGGAGCUCUGA